AUGGAAAUCUCCAGUAACUCCAAUCCGGCCAAUGCUGCAAUUCUCGAUCAAUACCAAUUGGCCAAAACGCCAGCUUUGUCACUUCCGACGGAAGAUUUAAUGAGAUUGAGUGAUGAAAUCCAGAGUGAGAUAAACAGGCAUAGAAGUGAGGAGGCACAGAGACAGAGAGAAGAGGAAGAGAAGAGAAGAAGAGAGGAGGAAGAGACUGAAUCGAUCUAUCAAACAUGGUUACCACAUCACUUAGCAAGGGUUGAUCGGAAGGAAGAGGAACAGUCUGAGAGAUAUCAGAGAGGUCCAAUAUAUGGUAGUGCGACUGAAGAGGAUUCAGAGGAAGGUUCUGAUGAUGAAUUUGAGUUUCAUUUAGAAGAAGUGGAUGAUGAUUAUGUUGCUGCUGAAGAGGAGAGAAAAAUGGAGAAGUAUCAGGAUUGGAAGCAACGAAGAUGUUUUGAAUUUGAGAGAGCCAAUCCCAAGAUCUUUUCCAGGACCAUGCAUGAAGGAGAUCCCAAGGUUGAGAAGAGGGAAUCAGUAAUAAUCUAUCCUCGAGUUGCUUAUCCCAGUGAUUCUGAUGAGGAUCUCCCUGAAGCUCCAAGCGAUGAAGAAGAUGAUGAAGAUUCAUCAUCAGGAGAUAGUGAGACAUCCCCUGCCUCGUCAGGUAGCAGCUGCAGUGAAAUGCACGAAGAAGAUGAAGCAGACUGGAGUUACGAUGAAGAGGACUAA